GCAGUACGCUACCCGCGCCGACCGGCGAGCACACGUGUCGAUACAGUUUUGUUUACACGAAUAUUUAAUAACUAUCAAUUACUUUUCAUUACACGUUUAAUACACAAAGUUUACUUUCUUUUCUUUCCGAUUCGAAUAACAAUAAAUAAAGAUGGAAAAUCUUGCUAAAUCCUUCAAAGACUUGCUUGAUGAAAUUGCAAAAGAACAGAAGUUUGUCAACUACAAUUUGGACGUCAAGGAAAUAUCGAGUGGAGGAGCUAACUAUACAUCCAAGUUGUUUGCAGUGAGCGUCACUGAGGGCUCCAGAACACUGCGACUGUUCUGCAAGGUGGCAGUCAUUGGUGAGCAGAUGCGAGCUCAGCUGGCUAAAAUAUACGAGACUGAACAUUUCUUCUACACAAAACUCGGAAAAACGUACCGAACUAUAGAGGACCAGUGUGGAAUACCAACUAAACUUAGGUUGAACGUCAGCAAGUACUACGGAAGUAUUAAUAAACUCAAAGAAGAAGUGAUGGUGCUGGAGGACCUCGUGGCAGCCGGGUACAAGGCUUACGACCGGUUCAAGUCGAUAGACUGGCCGUAUGCACAUGCAGCGACUCGGGAACUGGCCAAAUUGCACGCCUGCUCCUGGGCAUAUGCUAAACAGGAUCCCGAAGAGUUUGAGGACGUUAUGAAGAAUGUAAUGUUUGAUGUCGAUAUGAAUAAUGAAAAUAUGCAGAUUUUCAUGACCAGCAUGACAAACAAGGCAAUCGAAGCGGUGCACGAUGAGAACAAAAAUAAACUAAAGAAAUAUUUCGAGAGCUUUGACGUAGAAUCGUAUGCAGACACAUUUAAAAGGAGUCGGCGACUGGUGCUGGGCCACGGCGACUUUAGACCAAGUAACUUGAUGCACAAGAAUCUUGAUGACGGGUCAGUGGUCAUCAAGGUCGUGGACCUCCAAACGCUGCAGGGCGGCAGUCCAGUCACCGACCUCAUCUACUUCAUCUUCACUGGCUCGGACGAGAAGUUCCGUGCGCGGUACUACGACAAGUUGCUGGACCAUUACUACUCAGAGCUCAGUGCUGCCAUGAAGAGGUUGCACCUCAACCCUGAGAAGACUUUCUCCCAGGAAGACUUCGAACAUGAAAUGAAAGAGAAGCUGCCAUUCGGUCUCGUCCUCGCCGUGUUCACUCUGCCGAUCGUGACGAUAGACUCGGAGAAUGCCCCCCAGGUGGACGAGUCCCUCGAUAUUACCAAGUUCAACGUGGAGAAGACCAGCGACCUGUACGCGGAGAGGCUGAACGGAGUUGUAAACGACUACGUCAAGUGGGGGAUUCUCAAAGAUUAAUUUACACGUGGACUCCGUCGUCACUUGCCGUAGAGGUCGAUUUUCAAUAAUUUUGAAACCCUAUCUUAAAAAGGUCCCUUAUACAUAAUUUCGAUAAACGCUAGUCGAAUGUAUUCAAUUAAUUAAUAUUAAAACGUAUAUACCUCUAUAAGCCCUUUAUAUGUGUGAGAACGUAAAGUUAUAAUAUUUUAAGUAUAAAUAUCAUUCUAUGUAUACUUUAGUGAAUUAUAAGAAUGUGAUUGUAUUGAAUCUAUCUAUACAUAUAAUAAAAUUGUAGAAAAGUGCUGUCUGUACAUUGAAAAUAAAAAUAAAAAAAAUAGCA